CAUGGCCAUCAAGACACUCUGGCUGCCUCUGGCGUGGCUAGUGGCCACAGCCACGGUCACUGUCACCCCGGUGCUCGCUCUGGAGGCCACUCCCAGCUGGAUGCCGCUGCUCAGGGAGCCCCCGACACCGCCUGUGCCCCCUGUGCCCCCUGCUCGUACCCCGGCUCCCUCGCAGGACAUGCCCACCCCCAGCGCUCACCCCGAGGGGCUGCCGGGCUCGGGUGUCACAGAUGUGACAGUGCCGGAGGGGGCACUGGAGGAGCUGGACACCGCAGCCAAUGGCUGGGGUGUCACAGAUGUCCCCAGCCCCAGCCCCGCAGCGCCGGAGGGGGCACUGGAGGAGCUGGACGCCGCAGCCAAUGGCACCACGGCAGUGCCCACGGCCGGCACCAGCGCCCGGCCGUGCCCUGGGGACGAGGAGCCGAGCGACAGCUGCGGGGAGCCCACGGGGGAGCAGCGGGCUGCCGUGGCCGAGGCUCUGGGCACCUUUGCCCUCCGCUUCUACCAGCGCAUGGCAGAGGAGGCCGGGCCCGACGCCAACCUGCUCUUCUCCCCCAUCAACGUCGCCAUGGGGCUCUCGCACCUGCUGCUGGGCGCCCGCGGAGAAACGCAGGAGCGUCUGGCCGCCCUCCUGGCGUACCCGCAGGGGCUGCACUGCGUGCACGGCGCCCUGCAGCAGCUGGCCAGCACGCCAGGCCUCUUCUCGGCCGCCCAGAUCUUCCACCACCCAGAGCUGCAGCUCCGGCCCCGCUUCCUCAACGACUCCCUGCGCUUCUACGGCGCCCGCCCGUACGCCCUGAGCGGCAACGAGAGCCUGGACCUGCAGCGCAUCAACGCCUGGGUGCGGGAGGCCAGCAAGGGGCUGCUGCCCUCGCUGCUUUCCGCGCUGCCCCCGGAGCCCAGCCUGCUGCUGCUCAGCGCCGUCCACCUGCGCGCCGCCUGGCGCACGCCGCUGGACCGCAAGAAGACGGUGCUGCUGCCCUUCCUGCGGCCCGGGCAGCGCCCCCGCAAGGUGCCCACCAUGACCAGCGCCAAGUACCCGGUGGCCUCCUUCACCGACUCCCGCCUGCGGGUCCAGGUGGGGCGGCUGGAGCUGCACGGGGGGCUGAGCCUCGUGGUGCUGAUGCCGCGGGAGCCCCUGGAGCCUCUGGAGAGCCUGGAGCGGGCGCUGGACCCCGCCACCUUCCUGGCGCUGCUGCGGCGGGCGGCCCGCACCCCGCCCCGGGCCACCGCGCUGUCCCUGCCCCGCCUGCGCCUCGACCUCGCCCUAGACGUGGUGCCUCUGGUCCACGACAUGGAUUUCGGGCUGUUCCUGGAUGCGGAGCUGUGUGGGCUGGCGCGGGGCCCGGCCGCGGUGGACGCGGCGCGGCACCGGGCGGUGCUGGCGCUGGACGAGGCCGGCGUGGAGGCGGCGGCGGCCAUGGCCACCUCGGUGGCGCGCUCGGCCCUGGUGCUGGAGGCCCUGCGCCCCUUCCUCUUCGUCCUCUGGCACAACACCGGCGACUUCCCCGUCUUCAUGGGCCGUCUCAGCGACCCCCAGCCCUGACUCUGCUCCUCCUGUCC